AUGGGUAAAGAACAAUAUCGUGAAUCAGAUUUGGCACGCAAAGUAAGCCAUGUACAGUUUACGGCUGGUAAUGCAGAAUCAAUGAGGCAGGUGGCACAUAUCCCGAUCUUCAAUAGUAAAUUGUAUGAUGAAAAUCCCGGUCGAUGGAUUCCGGUUGCUCAUGGACCACUUGAUCCACGAUUAGGGACAUGUCAAAAACAUACUGACUGCCAAACUUGUAAACAAAAUUUGGUUGAUUGCGUUGGUCAUUUUGGUUAUAUUGAUCUUGCAAUACCCGUUUUCCAUGUUGGCUUCUUUCGCUUGACAAUACAGAUGUUGCAGUGCAUCUGUAAAUUCUGUUCUGCAAUGUUGAUUACUGGCGAGCAAAAAAAAGCAUUUUUGCAUCAGGUUAAUAAUCCAAAUUUGGAUUAUUUACGACGAAAAGCGCUUCAUAAGCGUAUCGUUGCAGCCAGCAAAAAAAUUACUGUUUGUAAUAGAUGUGGACAUAAAAACGGUAUUGUGAAGAAGGCAGUUGGUGCAGUAUUAAAAAUAGCGCAUGCAGAAGUAAUUCCUGCUGAUAAUUAUUCCGAAUACGUUUAUGCUGCUCAGGAAAAUAAAGAAUUACAAAAUUUAUUACCGAAAACGAAAUUCACUUUAUUAGAUCCACUCCAAGUGCAGAUUUUAUUUAAUAAGAUUGAAAAAGAGGAUAUACCACUAUUGAUGGUGCGCUCGGCAGAUACGCCAAAACAUCCAUCAGAUGUUAUCUUGACUAGAAUACCUGUUCCACCGUGCUGUAUUCGACCUUCUGUUGUGUCUGAGGUGAAAUCGGGAACAACCGAAGAUGAUAUUACAAUGAAAUUGUCUGAAAUUAUGCUGAUAAAUGAUGUUAUCGAAAAACACAAAAAGGAAGGUUCUCCGACCAAAACUAUUUCUGAAACGUGGGAUCAUUUGCAGGUUCAAUGUGCCUUGUAUAUAAACAGUGAACUAAGUGGAUUACCACCUGAUAUGCAACCUAAAAGAACAACACGUGGAUUUACACAGCGAUUAAAAGGAAAACAAGGCAGAUUCAGAGGAAACCUUUCUGGAAAGCGUGUUGAUUUCUCUGGGAGAACGGUUAUAUCACCGGACCCAAAUCUUAGGAUUGAUCAAGUUGGUGUACCUGUUUAUGUAGCGAAGAUCCUCACUUUUCCAGAAAUUGUAAAUAAAGCAAAUAUUGAACGAAUGCGUAAACUGAUUCUGAAUGGUGAUGACAUACAUCCAGGAGCAAAUCAUAUUGUGGAAAGAGCAACAGGCAAUAAACGCUUCCUUAAGUAUGGUAAUCGUGAAAUCACAGCUGCACAAUUAAAAGUUGGUGACAUAAUUGAACGGCAUCUGGAUGAUAAUGAUGUUGUGCUUUUCAAUAGGCAACCUUCACUGCAUAAAAUCUCUAUCAUGUCUCACAGAGCAAAAAUCGUUCCUGGAAGAACAUUCAGGUUUAAUGAAUGUGCAUGCACACCAUACAAUGCCGAUUUUGAUGGUGAUGAGAUGAAUUUACAUGUUCCUCAAACAUAUGAAGCACGUGCUGAAGCAUCUCUGUUAAUGGGCGUCAAAAGCAACUUAAUUACGCCUAGAUCCGGUGAACCACUCAUUGCUGCUAUACAGGAUUUCAUUACUGGCACUUAUCUUCUAACACACAAGGAUAGCUUUUUCCCUCGUUUGGAGGUGCAUCGUUUUGCAGCAGCAAUCAUAGACUCAAGUUCGAAAAAGCAGCAAAGGAUUCGAAUACCACCACCAGCAAUUCUAAAACCAGUGGAACUUUGGACUGGAAAACAACUGGUAGAAUUAAUUAUAAGGCCAGAUGUGGAUUCGAAAAUCAGUUUGAAUUUAACUACAAAGAAUAAAAGUUAUACCGGCAACGAAGAAUUUUGCGUCAAGGACUCCUACGUAAUAAUCCGGAAUAGUGUCUUGCUGUGUGGAGUAUUGGAUAAGGCAUUAUUAGGAUCAGGUAGUAAAACGAACAUAUUUUACAUACUUCUGCGUGAUUUUGGUGAGGAUGCAGCGGUUGAUGCGAUGUGGCGAUUGGGCAGAAUGGCUCCUGUGUUCCUCAGCAAUCGUGGUUUCUCUAUUGGGAUAGGCGAUGUAAGACCAAGUAAGACGUUGUUGAAAGAAAAAAGUGAUUUAUUGAGUAAUGGUUAUAAAAUAUGCGAUGAUUAUAUUGAAAGCUUAAAAGAAGGACGAUUGAAAGCACAGCCAGGUUGUACGGAAUAUGAAACACUGGAGGCAUUAAUUUUGAAGGAACUUUCUGCCAUUCGUGAUCACGCGGGUCAAGCAUGUUUGCGCAAUUUGUCGAGACACAAUGCCCCACUAACUAUGGCUGUUUGUGGUUCGAAGGGUUCAUUUAUUAAUAUUUCACAGAUGAUUGCAUGCGUGGGUCAGCAAGCUAUCUCUGGACAUAGACCACCAGAUGGUUUUGAGGAUCGUUCCUUGCCACAUUUCGAAAGACGUCAAAAAACACCAGCUGCGAAAGGUUUUGUAGAAAACAGUUUUUAUUCUGGCUUAACACCUACCGAAUUUUUCUUUCACACUAUGGGUGGUCGUGAAGGUCUUGUCGAUACUGCAGUAAAAACUGCUGAAACUGGUUACAUGCAACGACGACUGGUUAAAUGUCUCGAAGACCUGUGUGUAAAUUAUGAUGGUACAGUACGUUCUUCGGUAGGCGAUGUAAUUGAAUUUACGUUCGGCGAAGAUGGCUUGGAUCCUGCUUUAAUGGAAGCAAAGGAUGGUGGCGUCGUAGAUUUCAAACAUAUAUUGGAGCAUACUCGAAAUACAUUACCGCAUUUGAUAGAAGAUGCUAAUACCACCAUCAAUGAAUUACAAAAAGUUGUCGCAGAUACAAUCAGUGAAAUAAUUGGAAAACGACACGCAAUGUUUCGAGAACAGCUUGAGUCUUUUAUCAAUGAAUACUUGAAAAGAACAAACAAAUACUACAAACUUCCAAAAAAUUGCACCAAACAUAUGGACAACUGGAUGCCAUCAGCAACACAUUGUAAUGAUUGCAAGAAUCAAAAGUUCUUUCGAGAGACCGAAAUUAGAUCUCACUGUUUGUCACGUGCACAAGCAGUUGCCUUCAUUAAGCUUUGCUUAAGAAAAUUUAGGCGUGCUAUAUGUGAACCAGGCACAGCAGUUGGUGCAGUUGCUGCUACUAGUAUUGGUGAACCGUCAACGCAAAUGACGCUAAAAACAUUUCACUUCGCUGGUGUUGCUUCGAUGAAUAUUACUCAGGGUGUACCACGAAUUAAAGAAAUCAUUAAUGGUGUUAAGUUGAUUUCAACACCAUUAAUCACAGCUGCACUGACGAAUGAAAAGGAUGAAAAGUUAGCGCGACGAGUGAAAGCAAGAAUUGAGAAAACGACACUUGGUGAGAUCUGUGAUUACAUCGAAGAAGUUUAUUUGCCAGAUGAUUGCUUUAUUCUGUUAAAGAUCAAUGCAAAACGUGUCCGACUUCUUCAACUUGAAAUCACAAUGUCAUCAAUUGCACAAUCUAUUUGCACUUCAAAAUUACCUGUUCCAGUAAAAAUAUCGCAGAUCACAAUUUUGGGUAAGACAAUUAUGACAAUUCGACCGCCGGAAUUGGCUAAAUGCUCCAAAAUGAUGGCUAUCCAAUAUCUGAAGUAUAAUAUUGGAAAUGUUGUUGUAAAAGGUCUUCCGGGCAUUGUACGCUGCGUGAUUCAUGCAGAUGAAAAGAAGGGCGAUUCUUAUAAGUUACUAGUGGAAGGGAUAGAUUAUCGUGAAGUUAUGGCAACACUUGGUGUCGAUGGCCGUCGAACAUAUUUCAAUAAUGCACUCACCGUCGCUGAUGUACUUGGCAUUGAAGCAGCACGUUCAUCGAUCAUUUCGGAAAUAUUAUCCACAAUGGCUUCGCAUGGAAUUGGCUUGGAUCAACGACAUGUGAUGUUACUUGCUGAUUUAAUGACUUACAGGGGUGAAGUGCUUGGUAUAACGCGAAACGGCUUGGUGAAAAUGAAAGAAUCAGUGUUAUUAUUAGCAUCAUUUGAAAAAACGGCUGAUCAUCUCUUCGAAGCGGCAUUUUUCUCACAGGAAGAUAAGAUUUGCGGUGUAAGCGAAUGCAUCAUUCUUGGUACUCCAAUCACAAUUGGUACUGGUUUAUUCAAAUUACUCUAUGACCACGGUAAACAAUUGACAAUAUCUAAAAUGAGCACCAUUUUUGAGUCACCUGAAUUUAAUUUGAAAUUAUAA